AAUCCAUAUGAGGAGUCGAGCUGGCUGCUCAAGCCUUUUCAGCGGUCUAACGCUUCUACUGGAAAGCCAGGUGAACACGAGACUUUCCUACUGCAUAUCCAGGCUGGAGUAAAUGCACUACGUCGAGAGGAGACUAUUCUCGUCUUCUCAGGUGCAAAGACCGAGCGGGAUGCGCCCUCGAGUGAAGCUGACAGCUAUCGAAACAUCCUCGUGCAUUGCUUCGGUGAUUCCGAUGUUGUGCAACAAGCCAUGACAGAUGGUAGGAUAUUGUGCGAAGACGCUGCAACAGACAGCUACCAAAAUCUGCUCUUCUCCCUCAUCAGAUACUACGAGGUGAAAGGCAAGUGGCCACGCAUGAUAACUGAAUGCCACGCGGACGCAAUUUGCUGGCCCAGCGAGAAAAUACGUGUGCAGGGGUUGAAUCCACCUUUUCCUCUGUCAGAGUUGCAGGAGGUACAGAGACUCGAAAAGGAGACUCUUGAUCUUUUCAAAGCAGAUCCUCAUGGUACUCAUGUUCCUCUGUCGUCCAAGAGGUCGGCAAGGCAGUGGUCAGCCGAUGUUGAUCAGCUUGGUAAAAUAUCAGACACCUCCGUCAAACACUUGCUACAGAGGCUACUGGACUGUCGUGAACGAACUCGGUUCUCUGAGCCUUUGCCAUGGACCGAAGAUAGUCUU